AUGAUCAAAGUUUCUAAAGUGCCAUCCGAUAGCUUGGUGGUCGAUCUCCUGGAAAAGAACACUGAUGCAGCUGUUGGAUACAGGAGUUGUGGUCACGGAUAUCAAGACUACCUGACAAAGGAUGGCACAAAAGUUUUGCAAGCAAGGACGGGGCAGUACCAAUCCUUUCAUUACCUAGUGAAACGGAUCAUGCCAAACACCAAAUUUGAUGUGCGGAAGCAGGAUGAGACGAUCAGCAACAUCUUCACCAUGAGUGACAAGGCAUUUGCCCUCAUGCUACUUGAGAACUAUGACAGUCGUUGGAGGAAACAGCACAAGGAUCCCAAAUCAGCAAGACUCCGAGGUAAGGAACAUGCUGCUAUAUGCAAGGAGUUCAAGGCCAAAUUCACAUCAAGUGACAAUGGCUUGAAGCUGAAGUCAUCUGGUUGGAGUUGA